AUGACUCCUCACUCUGUGCGCACAACUUGUCUCUUGCAAGAUAUCUUGUGUCACCUCCUUGAAUUGAUGAAGAAAUGUCGGACUCCAUCCCAGGCUCAACGCCUCCAGGCAAAAGCUCUGUUCGAACGUCGAGUCCAACGGCCCGGCGUAAACGGCAGAAGCAAUCCUCCGCAGAAAAUACUCCAAAAUCCACCACAGUUUACUACAAGUCACUGGGCUAUCCCCCAAUCCUUUCAAAAGCCAACAGAAUACCGCACGAUGAUAGCACAACUCGAGGACCGCCCAGCGAAUUGGCAGGACCUUCCAAGCAGAACCCUGAAUUCCUUCAACGUGAUCCUUCAGAUUGACGGAAAUGAGGGCAGUAUUCAAAAAGGCAUUGUCCCUAUCCUGAUGAACUACGCUGGGUUGAUGUUAAACGCAGAAACACUGGUCAUAAUAGACAUACCAUUCAGCAAAAGUGUCAGCUCCCCGUCCACGCUCCACUCCACGAAAGUUUAA